GAAAGGAAAGAAAAGGAAAGGAAAAAUGAAGAAAAGGAGUCUGACAACAAGCCUGAAAUAGAAGAUGUUGGUUCCGAUAAAGAAGAGGAAGAAAAGAAGGAUGGUGAAAAGAAGAAGAUAAAGGAAAAGUACAUUGAUCAGGAAGAGCUCAACAAAACAAAGCCUAUUUGGACCAGAGAUCCUGACGACAUUACUAAUGAAGAAUAUGGAGAGAUCUACAAGGUCUUAACCAACGAUUGGGAAGAACAUUUGGCAGUAAAGCAUUUUUCUGUUGAAGGACAAUUGCAAUUCCUGGCCCUCCUUUUUGUCCCAAGACACGCUCCUUUUGAUCUGUUUGAAAACAGAAAGAAAAAGAACAACAUCAAGUUGUUUGUGCGCAGAGUUUUCAUCAUGGAUAACUGUGAGGAGUUAAUUCCUGAGUAUCUGAAUUUCAUUAGAGGUGUGGUGGAUUCUGAGGAUCUUCCUCAAAAUAUUUCCCAUGAAAUGUUGCAGCAAAGCAACAUUUUGAAAGUUAUCAGAAAGAAUUUGGUCAAGAAAUUCAGGAUCUGGGGUCUCACUAUAUAA